UGAAUUUUUGCGCAACUUGUCGAACAGCGCGGUUCGCACAAAACUGCAACAUGAGAUCCGUCAUCGCAGUGGCUAUCUGAACCGUUUCUGCGUCCGUGUUCUGGGCCUUUUUCGAGUGGGCAAAACUACUUUGAUCAAAGCCCUACAGAAUUCUCCAGUUGCUAACUGUGUCCGUCGGGGUAGUGAAUUUUUCCGCCGAAAGUCCGGUCGCCGUACCCCCACAAAAAGCCACUCGGUAUCGAACAUCAACCAGAUGCGGCACGGUUAUCCGCUUUUUUCGGUCAGCACCGUCGCACUGGAUGCCAGUCUGGAUGUUGCCAUUUUUGAGAUGUCCGCCGAUCCCUUAUGUCUGCAGUUCUACUGUCAUCUUCUGCACUACACAGGCUGUCUCUACGUGGUGGUUUUUAAUCUGGCCGACCCGGCGUCGGUGCAGCGCCUGCAGGUGUCUUUCUGGCUGCGUCUGCUAUCCUUGUCCUAUAACAUAGAGGAACCCAUUUGAUAAUGGAUACUGUGGAAAACCGACGAAGAUGCCGGUGGUGCUUUUGGUCGGCACACAUGGAGAUGCGGUUAAGUGUAACAAGGAUGAUAUAGAUCAAUCAUCAGGGGCGGUGGUUUUAAACAUAAGCACAACCCCGGAAGGUUUACAUCUCCAAAUCUCAUCGUCUCGCUGCGCCUAAUAUUUUUGAUUUAUUUUUCCCUCUUUUUGGUUUCAACAUUCGAACUCGACUAACAUCAAAUCUGUAUUUGAAGAUAAUUUGCUGCCCAUUGCAGUCUCGUUUUUUAAUUCAGUGUAUUUAGUAUAUAUUUCGUUUUUUAUUUAAUAUUUUGUUCCUCAUUUCGUUUCCCAUGUGACUUUUUUGCGACCUUCUACAUUGCUAUUCCGGUCUGCUUAGCCAUGCCUCCUUUAAUGGCAAAAAUUCCACUGCAUGCUCUUUUUACCCGUUUUCUCCGAUUCUAUCCACCGUAUCUGGGCGCCGGGAUAAAGGUAACAAAAUGCGCGGAGGACAUGAGUUAUUUGAGAGUUGAGAUGGAUCUGCAUAGAUGGAAAUCAUGGAAUGCGAACUAAAGACUGGGCCGAGAUUAUGUUGUAUGGGACAAAGUUAGUACCAUUCGUUAUCUGAAUCCCGGGAAAGGCAAAGUCUUUGCGGAGUUUCAUUUGCCAGCUGAAGAAGUGCAGCGUAUUCGGGCAGAAGCCGAUGCCAGUUAUAAAACAGAGCCUGUUUUUAAUGUGAAGAUCUUGGAUGAAAAAGGAUUAAGAGUAGCGGAGCUUGACAAAACUAUUUUUUUGACUAUUCUGGAUGGGGAAAAUGCUAGCAUUUCCGGUUCUGGAUCGGCGUAUAUUUUGGCUGUUGCUGGCGAUUGUUCUUUUUCAGAUUGGUCUCGUGAUUAAUCGGUCUUUCACCGUUGGUCAUAAGUGCUUCCUAAAGGAUGGCCAACCUUUUCGGUAUGCUUCCGGGACAAUGCACUACUGGAGAGUCCCGUCUGAGUACUGGGAGGAUGGCUUCUACAAAAUGCGGGCUACUGGACUGUUGGCCGUUGACACGUAUGUUAUUUGGAGUCUGCACGAGCAAGAACCGGGUGAAUUCCGCUUCGACGGAAUGCUGAAUUUCUCGCGUUGUUUCGAACUGGCUCAAAAGCACGAUUUACUGGUCAUUCUGCGAGCCGGGCUGUUUAUUGCUGCGGAAGGUGGUCUACCUUAUUGGCUGUUGCGGAAGAAUCCCAACAUGAUCUUACGAAGCACGGAUCCCACAUAUCUUUAUUUUGUUCAACAAUGGUACGAUGUCGUUCUACCGCUGAUAAAGCCGUAUCUUUAUGCUUAUGGAGGUCCCAUCAUAACCGUUCAGGUUGAAAAUGAAUAUGGAGCAUAUGGAUGUGAUAUCAAGUACAUGAACACACUGCGCGAUAUGUUUCGAAAAGUACUGGGCAACAAUAUCGUACUUUUCACUAAUAAUGAUGCAGAAGAUGGUUAUUUGAAAUGUGGACGUUGUGACGGCGCUUUGAUCACGGGCGAUUUCGGGACACCGACUAUUUCGGGAAGUAACGUUACAUAUUACGUCAAUAAUCUGGAAAAGUGGAAUUCGGAUGGACCAUUGGAACCGGUGGGCAUGCUGGAUCACGGAAUAGAACUGUCGUCGAUUAGUAUUUCUCUCGAACCAGGCCAGACUUUGGAUAUUUUGGUGCAGAAUGGCGGAAGAGGACGCUUUUAUCCGACAAAUAAUCCUAAAGGAAUUCUGAGCAAUGUGACUGUUGAUGGGCUGAACCUCACUAAGUGGGCAAUGUUUCCACUGCAUCUUCCUCAUUUUCCCGCAGCGAAUUUUCGUCCAUCUCGAAUCCUGGAAAUUCGCAGUGAAAAUGCAUACGAAACUGGCGGCUUUUUAUUCUACGGAGUUAUGAUUGACAAAGCAUUGGACACAUUUCUUAAAAUGGACGGAUGGACAACGGGUUAUGCUUUCAUUAACGGGCGCAACUUAGGACGAUACUGGCCCGGACAAGGACCGCAGGUUACGCUUUAUGUUCCCGGCGUCUUUCUUCAAGAAAAGAAGCCGAAUGUUUUGGAAAUUUUCGAAAUGGAAACAGCUCCAUGCUCCGAUGCGAAUACCUGCAUCAUGGAGCUUGUGGAUACACCGAUUAUAAACGGGACCGUGCCGGCGGUACACGCAGCUGACAAAUAUAGACGGCAAAUAUUAAUCCGAUCCACUUCCGACACCGGACGCAAGUCUUCCGUUCUGUAGAAAGCCACAUCAGCAAAAUCCAGACCUUUUAUCGUCUGCUGGAAUUCGUGCUGCGUCAGCUCAGGCACAAGUUCCGGAUGCGGUCGUGGCGGAAACUAAAU